AUGCGCGAAGUCCUGGAUGUGGCGAAUAGGGUGAACUGUUCAAAAACUCAAACUGUAAAAAAAGGUUUUCUGCUCGCAGAAGGCUUCCAUUCGCUUUCCGGACGUUCAGAAGACACGCUCAACACUGUGCUGCCCAAGGCUGUAGACUUGGAAGAAGCAGACAGGGAGACCACCAAUCUUUUAGUGUUUUUACUGAUGCAGUUCUUAUCCAGGUCUGACCAAGCCCACCCAACUGAAGAUAAGACGACUUCAAAAACUCAAGAGCUGGUUCUCAAACACCUCUUCCUGCUGUUGGGUUACAACUACGUGGAGAAAUGUUUUCAUAUAUCACCAUAUACGCUCAGACAAUCGUCAAUAUUCAACGCGUUCAUGGCGAAUCUACCACAAGUGCUGGACCAGAAUCACGUGAUGGGUGCCAGUAUCGCUGAACCUACGCUAUUACUGCUACAGUGCUGCUGCGGCGCGGGCAGCAGGGCGUGCGGCGCGGGCAGCGUGCACUCGCUCGGCGCGCUCGAGCCGCACGUGCGCCGCCACUGGCUCAUGGCCUUGCUCGUCGUCUCGUACAAGUUGGCCGAGACGGUGAAUCUUCACUUCCUGAGUCUGUUGGAAUCUUUGUUGGAUUGUAACUCGACCGUGCUCAAUAAACUGUUGCCGCUUUGGACACCCAUACUACACUCGCCACUGUUUAGUGUAGCAAAACGUUGA